AUGUCCACCACUACCGAGAUCCAAGAAAUCGCCGAAGCAACCCAACAGUCCUUCACUAUCAAGGACUUGGUUGAUUUCAGCGACCGCACAUACGGCGACUGGCGUGAUGAAUUUCACCGCAAUGGUUGUGUUGUUCUCAAGAAUGUCAUCAGUCCGGAGCGUGCCAAAUACUAUGCCGAUAAGCAGAUUGAAUGGCUAAAGAACUUCGAACUUGGCUUUGAUGAGAACGAUGAGAGCACCUGGACCGCGGAGCAUUUGCCAGUCAGCUUCAAGGGAGGAAUGUAUUUUGCGUACGGCUCCACCCAUGAGAAGAGCGUCUGGGAAGCCCGCACCGAGCCGGCCAUCAUUGACAUCUUCGAAAAGCUAUGGGAAACGAAGGAGUUGCUUUGCUCCUUCGAUGGCAUCAACAUCUCGCUCCCGCGCCGAAAGGAUCUCAACUGGAGCCCAUGGCCGCACUGUGAUCAGAACCCAAACCGGAAGGGAAUGCAAGCCGUUCAAGGCCUCAUUAACUUUGCCCCCAAUGGCCCCAAGGAUGGCGGUCUGAUGCUGAUGAAGGGAUCUGCCAAGCUCUUCGAUGAGUUCUUCGCUCAGAAGCGAGAGCAAUAUGACCACGAGGAUGCUCCUCCCCCGGAGCUGAAGUACAUGGAUCUCUUCCUUUUCCAUGAGAAGGACGUCAAGUGGUUUGAGGAACGGGGGUGCGAGCUCAUCAAGGUCAACCUCGGACCUGGUGAUUUUGUCCUCUGGGAUUCCCGGUCACUCCACUAUGCUUGCUUCCCCAAGGAGAACCAGAUCCGCCACGCACAGUACAUUUGCAUGACUCCCAGACGCUUUGCUAGCGAGCAGGCAUUGGAGCUGAAGAAGACCUGCUUCGAGAACUUCAUGGGCACUACCCACUGGCCCCAUUGCAAUAUUCGUCCUGCGGCAGAGAAGCCCAUGCGGAAUGGCCAGGUGUGCCCGAAGGACCGCAGUGAGCCCUUUGAGAAGCCAGUGUUGACCGACGCGGUGCUCAAACUGGCCGGGGUCAAGCCAUACUGA